AUGGCAUCAACACAUCCUGUAAUCCCUUCUGAUGAGAAACCAAACCUGCCCCCCGCCUCUUCAUCCUCUUCUUCAAACACAGCGCAGGAUGUCCUUGAUCCUUCAGCGAAAGAGCAAUCGCCUGGCAGCGGUGUAACCACACCCGAUCAGAAUGGAGCGGCACUGGAGGCUGCCCAGCCAGAGCAGCCUGCCACGAAUGCCGUCUCUCCGCCACCCAACGGCGGUACUUUGGCUUGGUUGCAGGUCUUUGGAGCCUUCUUCCUCACAUUCAAUUCAUGGGGUGUCACCAACACAUUUGGAUCAUACCAGGCAUAUUACGAAACGACUCUACUCCGGAGUUCUACUUCAUCCACCAUCGCCUGGAUUGGAUCUGUGCAGGCCUACCUUAUGCUGGUAACAGGCACCCUAGCCGGCCCCAUCUACGAUGCCGGAUACCUCCGCGCACUCUUGCUCGUCGGAUCCUUCAUGAUUGUCUUCGGCCACAUGAUGCUGUCGCUUUGCCAUGAGUACUGGCAAGUCCUACUAGCUCAAUCCUUCUGUGUUGGUAUCGGCGCAGGUCUGAUUUACGUUCCGAGUGUCGCUAUCCUUUCCACCUAUUUCUCAACCAGGAUCGGGGCUGCCAUCGGCAUUGCGGCUUCAGGGUCGUCACUGGGAGGCGUAAUCUACCCAAUCGUCUUGCAUAAGCUCCUCCCACAGAUCGGAUUUGGAUGGGCUACCCGCGUGCUUGGCUUCAUGAUGCUAGGAACGCUGGUUGUCCCCAACCUUAUCAUGCGCGUCCGUGUGCUUCCCCCUCAAACACGGACUCUAUUCGAUUUCAAGGCGUUUUUGAUCCCCGCAUACUCCCUUAUAACCUUGGGCUUCUUAUUGGGGUUUUCGGGACUCAAUGUACCCCUAGUCUUUGCUCAAAUAUUUGCAAUAACGGAAAAGAUCACGAAUGAGAAUCUGGGGUUUUAUCUCAUCGCCAUUCUGAACAGCACGUCGCUCUUUGGCCGUGUUCUGCCAAAUCUCCUUUCGGAUAAGAUUGGCCCGUUCAACGUCAUGAUACCAUGCAUACUCAUGUCCGGGAUUCUCUGCAUACUAUUCUUGACUGUCACAGCCCCAGCCGGCAUUAUCGUCCUCAUGGCGUUCUACGGUUUCUUUUCCGGAACCUUUGUCUCAUUGCCUUCGACGGUUAUCAUCUACAUAAGCGGCAAUGCUAAACACAAGAUCGGUACACGCCUGGGCCAGGCUUUCUUUUUCUGUGCAAUUGGUAUACUGAUUGGUACACCUAUUGGCGGCACAAUUCAGAAGCACAACGGCUACGAUGAUCUGUGGAUCUUUGGAAGUUGCCUAUUAUUUGCAUGCGCGGCGCUCGUGCUUGUAGCGAAGUUCACUUGGGAGGGAUUCUCACUAAAGAAGACAAACUAA